GAUUGCUCUUCGUGCUUAUGUGCGCGCUCUGGGGCACAGCGUCGAUUCUGCACGUUUUUGCAGUCCCCGCUGCACCGUGGGAGUUCGAGUCCACUACAAGGACGUAUCGAAGGCAUCUGCUUUCGCAGGAGAUGACAAGCAUCGUCCAUGCGAUAGGUGCUCAUCUCAUCAUCUUGUUGAACUCCGCGACAGUCAACGUGCCCAGCAAUGAGCCCUUUCGCUUCAUGAUGCUUGCUAUGCGACUUCUGGUCGCCGCCGCUCAGUUAAGAUCUGACGCAGAGAUCUUUCGAAGCCAGGCUGCUGUGGCCGUCUUUGCCGCACCUGGCCCGGGCGACCUCCUCCAGGGGCGGCUGCUUUGGCAGGGCCUGGGCUGCAAGGCAGAGAGAGAGAUGCCCGAGGCGAGACAAAGAGGAGAGAUCCAUCUCGUGCAACGCGGUGGCUGCUCCUUUUCUGCAAAGUCCUCUGUCGCCGCGCGGCGGGGUGCAAGUGCCGUGGUCGUCGCCGACUUCGCCUCUGCACACGGAGAGGAGGCGGCUGAGACGCUGGUGGCUGGGACGUCAGGUGGUGGCCGUGUGCCCUUGCUGCUGCUCGGAAGUUCAUUUGCAGGUCCGCUCAUCGAGGCGGCGGAAGCAGGAGAGGCGGUGGAGGUCAAAGUUCAACUCGGGCAGCCAGCCCCCAGCGUUGUGAUGGAUUUGUGGCUGCCUCUUGGCGGUGUGGAGGCACUCCUCACAGGCCUCGCUCCAACAGCACGAGAACUCUCCGAAGUUCUCCGCGUCCACGUGCACUUCCGGGUGGUGGCAGCUCCUGAGGACGCAAGCCCUGCGCUGGUUGCCCGCCACUGCUUCGCUGGCCUCAAAGAGCUCUGUGCCGCCCUUGUGCUGCAGCAUAGGAGCAUAGCGCCACCUGCCGCACCUUUGCUCCGCGAGGCCGUCUAUCAGCACUGUCUGCUCCGUGGCUUUCCUCAAAGUUAUUGGUGGAGAUAUGUCGAGGCUGCGAGAUGUAACGGCUCCGAAAGUUGCAGUCGCCGCACUUUGACAGAGAUCGGCCUCAGUACGCGGGACGUGCUGGCAGUGCAGCGUUGCGCAUCGUUGGAGGCGGCAUCCUUCCUGGAGGAUGACCGCGAAAGCGCAUCGUGGGGAGCGGCGGAGGAGGCGGCGCUUCGAAUCAAUGGCUGGCGCUACAGCGGCCCACUGGAGGCGGUGCGUAUUCUAAGAACGAUUUGUUGGCAGCUGGAUCCCAGCCCGGCUACCUGCCAGCGCUUUCUCAACAAGGACUCUGACUCCAAAGGGGGCAUCGCGCUGUGGCGCCUUGUGGGCCUUUGCCUAUUGUCCUUUGCGGCCGGUGGCCUUUUCAGGGGCCCAGCGGCCACAGAAUCCAAGCGAGUUGAAGGGCUAAAGCGGGCAUAUGUCAAGAUUCAUCAAGACAAACCAGUUGCGUGGUUCUUCAAGGCAACCAACCCAAACCCAAUGAUCAUACCCUGCUCCCUCUACCGGAGGCAAUCUCCACUUUAUGCUAAGUACUUCGACUGUGCUCAGACUCAGGGAUCGAUUCUGCGUGUUCGACAGCCUCAUUCUGUUCAGAUGAUCAAGAAGGAUUCCCCGCUGUUCAUUGAUCCCACUCAGCUGGAUUUUCUUCGAGAUGUGAGCAUGACGAAGGAGUUUGCCCCCGAGAUGUCCGUCUUCCAGGAGCCUCCGGGCUUGGGCAUGCGCUCAGAACUUCUCGGGCCACCGGGUUUGGACCUGAUUGGCCUCAAGCAGAUUCUUGGCACCUCGCCCUCCGGAAAUCGGGAGGCAGUGCGCUACCAAUAUCCCCCAAUGUCGCCAAUGUCGCCUUCACCAAUGUCACCGCUUUCUCCGGCAACCGUGGCAUCGGUGACUUUUAAGAACAUACCGGGUAACCUACCAGUUACCGUUGCAGCCCCCGUGUCCCAGGCCACACUUCGCCGAGACAACCAGGUUCAGAAGCGUAUCAACCAGGAGAUCAUUGCGGCGGCCAAGGCACCGAAGGCGGAGAUCCCCGUCAAGGUGCUUGGCAUAGUGGAGGCAAAGCUGGACCAGAUGAAUGGUGUGAACUUGUCUACAGCAAUGCACCGCUUGGCUCGUGCUUGCGAAGGUGCAAGCCAGACGUUGGGAAGGAUGCGCCGUAAUCCAGUCGUGCUGCGCAUGUUGGAUAUGGUGGAGAGCUUGGCUGCACAGGAGCUCGAGUUCCAUGAUGGCACAGUGCCAGCAAACUGCUGCACCAUCAUCUCUUGGUCCUGUGCCAGCUUGCGCCUCUUUCGCACUUCCGUUUUUGAAAUUCUCGUCCAGGUGGCUGUUCCCAACCUCAAAGAUUGUCAGCCAUACGAGAUUACCAACAUGAUGUGGGCCCUAGCAGAGCUAUGCCGACGUCAUCCUCAAAUGGGCAAAGAUCUGCAGCCAACCAUUCAGGAGCUUGUCGAAUCGGCUGCUGCCGCACUUUUCGCCCAUCCUGAACAUUUAAAGCUCCAGGUGCUAAUCUCCUCGUUGAUGUCACUCACACUUUUCCCUCGCUUGAAUGGCAUGACACAAAAGAUGCUCCUCAUUCGCAUCGUCCUUGACAUUGCCAAUCGAGAUGAAGAGUUGAAAGCAACCGAAAACUUGACUCCCGUGCUUCUCAGCUUUGACACGAUGAGGAAGCAGCACCCGCAGGUCUACCAGGAGAUUCUUCUCGCUACAGGCGACCGAUUCCCCGGCUUUGUCGCACAGUAUGUCCUGGGGCCAAAAAGCUCCCGGGUGAAGUCUUCAAAGAGGACUCAAAAGUGA